UGGGUACAUGGAGAACUCCAUUUCCUACAGUGCUAUUGAGGAUGUUCAACUGCUCUCCUGGGAGAAUGCCCCUAAGUACUGUUUACAGCUCACAAUCCCAGGGGGUACUGUCUUACUGCAGGCUGCAAACAGUUACCUGAGGGAUCAGUGGUUCCAUUCUUUGCAGUGGAAGAAAAAGAUUUACAAGUACAAGAAGGUGCUCAGUAACCCCAGCCGCUGGGAGGUGGUGUUGAAGGAGAUCAGGACGCUGGUGGACAUGGCGCUGACGUCUCCGCUUCAGGAUGACUCUAUUCACCAAGCACCACUGGAGAUUGUCUCAAAACUGCUCUCAGAGAACAACAACUUAACCACUCAAGACCACGAGAGCAUUAUUGUGGCAAUUGCACCUUUGCUGGAAAACAACCAUCCUCCUCCUGACCUCUGUGAAUUCUUCUGCAAGCACUGCCGAGAGCGCCCACGGUCCAUGGUUGUGAUAGAAGUGUUCACACCAGUGGUACAGAGGAUUCUCAAACACAACAUGGAUUUUGGGAAGUGCCCUCGGUUGCGGCUCUUUACUCAGGAGUAUAUUCUGGCUUUGAAUGAGCUGAAUGCUGGAAUGGAGGUGGUGAAGAAGUUUAUUCAUAGCAUGCAUGGUCCAACUGGACAAUGCCCCCAUCCCAGGGUCCUGCCAAAUCUUGUCGCUGUCUGCUUAGCAGCCAUUUAUUCGUGUUAUGAGGAAUUUAUCAACAGUCGAGACAAUUCGCCAAGCCUGAAGGAAAUUCGGAAUGGCUGCCAGCAGCAGUGUGACCGAAAGCCUAAUCUCCCCCUCCGCCUUCUUCACACAAGUCCUGACCUGGUCUCUCAAGAGGCCACCUUGACUGAAUCCCGUCUCAAACCAGUUAUUGUCACUUCAAAUGAGAUCCACGUGGAAGUGGAGCGCAACAACACAGCUAAUCAGAAGAUGACAGCUAACGUUGGCAAUGACAGUGAGCCCAACCUGAUUGACUGCUUGAUGGUCAGUCCUACCUGCAGCACCAUAAGCAUUGAGCUGAGUGCCCAGGCAGACAGGAUCCUUGGCUGUUAUGUUGAAAUACUCAAGAUGCUGUCAGACUAUGAUGACUGGAGACCAGCACUGGCCAGCUUGCUUCAACCUAUCCCAUUUCCCAAGGAGGCUCUUGCACAUGAGAAAUUCACGAAGGAGCUGAAAUACGUGAUUCAGAGAUUUGCAGAAGACCCGAGGCAAGAAGUCCACUCAUGUUUGCUGAGUGUGCGGGCUGGCAAAGACGGCUGGUUCCAGCUCUACAGCCCUGGAGGAGUGGCAUGUGAUGAUGAUGGAGAGCUGUUUGCCAGUAUGGUACGUGUCUGCAAUAAUGUUCAUAUUUUAAUGGGAUCCUGCUAUAAAACAAAGAAGUUCCUGCUUUCACUGGCUGAAAAUAAAUUAGGACCUUGCAUGCUACUGGCUUUGAGGGGUAACCAGACGAUGGUAGAGAUUUUGUGUUUGAUGCUGGAAUACAACAUCAUCGAUAAUAAUGACACCCAGCUCCAGAUCAUCUCUACCCUGGAAAGCACAGACGUGGGAAAGAGAAUGUAUGAACAGCUGUGUGACAGGCAGAGGGAGUUAAAAGAGCUGCAAAGAAAAGGUGGUCCCACAAGGUUAACACUGCCAUCCAAAUCCACAGAUGCAGACCUGGCCCGCUUGCUAAGCUCGGGAUCUUUUGGAAAUUUGGAAAACCUCAGCCUGGCCUUUACCAAUGUGACAAGUGCUUGUGCUGAGCACCUCAUUAAACUGCCUUCGCUCAAGCAGCUGAACCUGUGGUCAACUCAGUUCGGAGAUGCAGGGUUGCGGCUUCUGUCUGAACACCUCACGAUGCUGCAAGUGCUCAACCUUUGCGAGACUCCUGUCACGGAUGCUGGGCUGCUGGCACUUAGUUCCAUGAAGAGCCUGUGUAGUUUAAAUAUGAACAGCACCAAACUUUCAGCAGAUACCUAUGAAGAUCUCAAGGCUAAACUACCCAAUCUGAAAGAAGUGGACGUCCGCUACACCGAAGCAUGGUGAACUCCCCCUGCCUCCGACUCUUCUCUUUUGCUUCUCAUGAGAAGGAAAAGAUUUUUAAAACAAACAGAGAAAAACAAACCGGAAAAUAACUUUUGGCUAAUACCUGUAGAGCAGUGAGUCCUGGGACUUGGUGGUAGGAGUCGUGGUUGUGGGGUAGAGUGGCGUUGUGUGUGUCAGGGGGGACGGGGCAAGCCUGGACCCGGACGGAUUCUUUCAGCUUUGUGAUUUCGGAAUCAACAUGAUUUAAAUUGAAAAGGAAAAAAAAAAAAAAGGAAAAAA